AGCCGCCCGGUGUACCAACCUCAGUCACUGAAGUAACUGUGUGUGUAGGUUAUCAGUCGCUCCUCUCUGUUGUCCUCACUCGCUAUUACUCCUUCCUCAACCACAACGUCAAGUCGCCGUGUUUCAGUGCUUUAGAUACGAGUGUGGAGCCUAUAUAAGACUAUUGAGAGUAUUUCAAACGGCUUAGAAAUACCAUUUGAGAUAUAUCUCACAUUUAACCUUUUUAAAGUUUAUUAACAAGGACUAGAGUUACGCCCAGUAAGUCUUGUAGCAAGGCUGACCUGUGUGGACUAACUGUUAAGCCCUACUAAGCUUCCCUCUAGGUACCCUCAAAGGUACCGGCGUAGGCCUGCUGCUAGGCCUCUCCUUCACCCCUCCGCCUCCCCAUCCUUGCACACAUCAUGGAUCAGGUUGGUCUAGCCAUGCGAAGAUUAGUAGUGCCCCUGGGUUGGCCAUGCUUGAGCUAUGCCCUGGGUCAUGCCCAUGCUGCCCCACUACGGGCCCAUCUACAGUGCAUGUCUCGUAUCCUCCUCACUAGAGCUGUGGGGCCCCCAGCCUACACCGCAGCAUGCCGCUACCUCAUUACUUCUAGAUUGAGUAAUGGCGGCAGUCGUGAGGAAGAGUCAUCGGAGGGAUCAGAUUCAUCUUGGCGGGACAGCAUCUGUAUCUCCGUCGACUGUGAAGAUGAAACGGUUACACCCAUUAAUGUUGAGGAUCAUUUGUUUGACAUGUUUAAGGAUGAGUCUGAUGACACAGUCCACAUGGGAAAGUUUCUGGGCGCACUGGUGGAGACCGGACUGAGAAAAUCUGACCCACGUUUGGCUGAGUUAAGAGACAAUUUAAUGGAGGUCCAUGCUUCACUUGAUAACCCAAAGGAUACAUCUGCCACUACCCUCACUCUUGACAAGGGAACAUUUAAGAGGGAUCGGCAGUCACGCUCCCAGAGUCCAUCAUCGAAUGGAUCACCUCGACGUGCCCCACCCAUCACAUCUCCUACAUCAAGAUGGCUCAACAGACAGCAGUUCAAGAAAGUGAUUCAGGACAAUAUUGUGCUGAUAUCUCGGGCCCUACGCCAUCAGUUUGUUAUCCCAGAGUGGCAUGAUUUUACUUCAUAUAUAGAAGAGUUCUACUGGUCUGUCAAAAGUCUCACAUCUGGGAAGAUUUACACUCUUGGCAAGGUGGCAUCAUACAUUCCUCAGUUGGCAAGGUUUAGUCCAGACCAUUGGGGUGUAGCAGUGUGCUCUGUUGAUGGUCAGCGAUAUGAAAUUGGUGAUACAAACAUUAAUUUCACUAUGCAAUCUUGCAGUAAACCUGUGACGUACGGCAUCGCACUUAAUGAGCUGGGCAAUGAGACAGUCCACAAAUAUGUUGGUACAGAGCCCAGUGGUCGCAUGUUCAACGCUAUUGUCCUCGAUUAUAAUGAUAAGCCACACAAUCCAUUGGUUAAUGCUGGAUCUAUUGUAGUCAAUGCUCUUCUACAUAGCCUUGUUAAGCCUGACAUGACAUCAUCAGAAAAAUUUGACUUUGUCCAGCAAUAUUUCAAGAGAUUAGCAGGAGGAGAAAACGUUGGUUUCAGCAAUGGUACAUUCCUAUCUGAGCGAGAGAAUGCAGAUAGAAACUAUUCCCUUGGAUAUUACAUGAGGGAGAACAAAUGUUUUCCUGAGAAAUGCGAUCUCAUGGCUUCGUUAGAUCUCUACUUCCAGAGCUGCUCUAUGGAAGUGACUGCGGAGAGUGUAGCAGUGAUGGCAGCUACUCUGGCCAAUGGAGGUAUCUGUCCCACCACAGGAGAGGAAGUCUUGAAGCCGUACGCUGUUCGUGACGUCCUCUCCCUCAUGCAUUCUUGUGGCAUGUACGACUACUCCGGUCAGUUCGCAUUUAAGGUUGGUUUGCCAGCCAAGUCUGGCGUGUGCGGGUCCAUCAUGCUGGUAAUCCCUAACGUAAUGGGUAUAUGUACCUGGUCACCUCCACUAGAUCCUUUGGGCAACUCCGUCAGGGGCCUCAAGUUUUGUGAGGAACUGGUGCAAGUGUUCAACUUCCACCGAUAUGACAAUCUUCGUCAUGCUGCUAACAAGAAGGAUCCACGCAAACAGAAGUUUGAGUCCCGGGGGCAGAAGGUUGUGUCCCUUCUCUUCUCUGCUUGCUCUGGUGAUGUUACUGCUAUGAGAAGGUAUGCCCUAGCAGGUCUCAAUAUGGCUGAUUGCGACUAUGAUGGACGGACAGCACUCCAUCUUGCAGCUGCUGAAGGUCAUUACGAUACUGUUGUCUUCCUCCUCGAAAAGUGCCAUGUGCCACCUGCUCCAAAAGAUAGAUGGGGCCACACUCCUGCCGAUGAUGCAGAUCAGUUUGGUCAUACGAAUGUUGCUGAGUUUAUAAAGAAAUAUCAAGAAGACCUAGAAGCAGCUAAUAAGAAAGACAUCAUCCAUGAGUCGGAAGAAGAAGCCCAAGUGGAACAAUAAAAAGAAAAUAAUUUACAAGGUCACAGGUUGUGAGGUAUUGAAAUUUAUGUAUAUAAAGUAAUAUUCCUUUAAAUUAAGUCACUGUUAAUUUUUACUUAUGUUAAGCUCUCCUUACCCUCAUACAAAAUUUAGUGAAUAUAUUUGACUAAGAAAAGAAUUAAAAAGAUAUCAAAAUUCUUUAAAAAAAAAAAAAAUAGGUAUAAUACAAAUCCAGUACAGUGGCCCCUUAAGGGACCUCUGUAUAGUGACUGGGUAAAUCAGUAUGCUCAUUACUAAUUUACUGCCUAAAUUAGUAAUGAGUACAUUACACUCCUGUAGGCAAAAUAAUACUCAUGGUAAUUAGUCUUGUGAUAUGAGUGGAUAGUCUACUCGAUAUAACUUUGUCGUACAUCCAUUUUUGUAUACUAAACAGUAGCCUAUUGGGGAUUUAUAAAAAACAGCCCAUAUUAAUGCGACAAUUUUUAAGUUUGUUAGUAAGGCAACAUAUCCAUAUUUUCAUAUUUUUGGGCUCAACAUAUUUCUGGAUCUUCCAGCAGUUACUUAUUUAAGAUCUAGAAUGAGAUGUCCUGCUCUACAGUUUUAAAAUCAAAAGUCUCUGAGAACCAUAAUCAUGGAUCAGUCAAAGACAGGAUCUUAAUUAUAUAGGUUUAGAAUUUUCAGCAUUAGCUAGUGAAUGUGAGAAUUAGGCAUAUACUGUACAGUAUAUUUGUACUUCGUAUAUUGUACUUCACUUAGCAAUAACCAGUUGAUGGAGUGUUUAACUUGUGGAAAUACAGUAAUUGUAAUUGGUAAACUUGGUGCAGACAAUCACGGUGUCAGAUAUAAAAAUUUUCUUUCCCCCAGAAAAAACCUCUACAAUACAGUAAUUAAAGAGCAACAUUAAAGCUACAUUACCAUUGCCAAGAGGAUAGGAAUCUGUUGUGUUGAUAAAAUUAUUACUGUUGUUUAUUUCAUUGUUCUUACAAUUACAAGAUUUUAAAAAUACUAUAUAAAAGGAUUCUGUUUUUUAGAGAAAAUUUUGUUGUAGAAAAUUAAGUAAUUCUGUUAGAAUUCACUUUGGUAAUGUUGGUAUUGGCUUAGUUGAUUAUUUAAAUUUAAGAGUCUUUCAAAAGUAUAAUCAAAAUUUGUACAAUUUUUACAUGAUGGUAACAAAUUAGGACAGAGAAAGGUAAGAAGUUCAGUUAAUGGGGGAAUGUUUAGUCUAUUUCUUUUUAUUCAGUUACUUUUUAAAUUAUGUACUGUAUUAUCAUAGUUGGCUGUAGUAAAUGAGGUGGGAGUAAAAGGAAUAUUCAAGUUUCAAUAAUAUAAUAUAUAGACAUCGCAAAUUAUUUAUUGUAUUUAGUAUUAUUCAACAAAAACCAUUUGGUGGUAUGGCUUAAGUGACAGUUAUGUAAUGAAUAAUUUUAGAGACUGGUAAUUUUAUUUAGCAUUUCUUUUGAACUGUCUGCUUUUAUGUUACAUAUCACAAAAAAUAUUGCUCCAUCCUCUGGAAAAUAAGUCCCAUUGUAUUACAAAAUAAACUGAAAUGUGAUUUCAUAUCUUCCAAACUAAAAAAAAAAAAAAUGUGCCUUGACAAGUAACCCAGAGCACAGUCUUGCACUUUCAUUAAUAUUGCACUUCCUUAUUACCUUGACACUUGCAUAUUGUGGGAGUAUGUUUGCACCAUACCUGCUUAAAAGCUGACCCCUCAUUUACCUUAGCAUUACUGUUCCUCAAGAAAUCGUCCAGACAUCAGAAUAUAUUUAUAAGGGAGAUACUGGUAACAAUUAGUGGUAAUAUAUUACACUCAAUCUUUAGUGUAUUAAACUGUUCUGAUUCAGUAUUACGUGUUAGUACACACUAUAAAUUAAAUCUCAUCGUGUAAUGAUUAGCAUGCAUUGUAAGUGAAAAGUCCCAGGUUUGAUUACUGGAUGGAGGGGAAAUACUGUCGGUGAAGUUCCUUAAUUUCAAUUGCCUCAGAGCAUCUUGCAGUAAUUGAAGAUCUAGAUAUAAAAUUAACAAGCUAAUUGUAUUCUGGAAGGACUGGUGAACAAGUAAACUGUCCAAUUUUCAAGGUCUGUUCCUUGAGACUGGAGAACAAAGCUCCUAUCUUAUGCCAUGGUGGUUGUAUUGACAAGCAGAUUUUAAACCUUAAAUAAGUUUAUGCCUCAGCAAGUCUUACAACCAGCCAUGCUCAGUAAUGGUGGAUGAAUUUAUAUUAUCUUCUUAAAUUUGUGUGUAUUGUAAAUUGAGAUAGUACAUUUACAUUAUUUAAUUUCUGACACAUGUUGUAACCACUCCAUAAAUCAGUCAGUUCUAGCCAGGUGGAUAAAAGUCUUCCAUUGUUGUUAGUGUCCUCUGUCUCAGGCUGCUGCUCAUAAGUAAUAGUGCACAUUUUCAUAAUUUAUCGACUUUCUUAUAGAUCAGCAUUUCUCAUUAGUCCACAGCUUACACAGGGACUUGGUCCUAAAAUAACUAGUGGGUUGUCUGGCAAUUUAAGCUCAGAAAUGCUGCUCUAGAUGUACCAAGUAGUCUUGUGUAUUGGUUAUAUUGUCUUUCAUCACUCUUGAGUAUAAACUAAUGUUUCUUCAUUGUUGUUGUUACAUUUAUGGCUUGGUGUGAGAGCACUUGUGAAUUUCUUGAAAAAAAAAAAAAAAAAAAAAAAAAACAGGCACUUAAGACUAAAAUCUCAAAUAAUAUUAUCACUGAAUUGAUAUAUGCACUUUUCUUAAGAAGCACCACAGAAAAAUUAUGCAUUGAAAGACUGGACUAAUUCUCAAAGCUAACAUUGCAUAGAUUAUGCAAAGAAUGCAAAACAAAUUGAUAAAUAUGGCUAAUGUGAAGGGAAAUUGCUUCAAAAUACAACAAAUGCAAUGGUCAUAAAUGUGGCCUUAAAAAUGUGAGAUGAAAAAAUGCAUGUGAUUGGGAGAUUUCCCCAAGUAUUAUACGAGUCAGUUUUUUUUUUUAUCUUGCCAAUAUUACGAUCAUAUGGCAAUAGAGCAAUUGUAGGGAGUUGCUAGUUUAUAUGAAGCAGCAAUUGUACAUAUUCUGUGGGAGCUACUAGAAUAAACAAUCCCACUUUGAAGCUAUAAAUUUUAAGAUUAUGGUGGAAGUGUUAAACCCAUAGAAGGUCAUAGUGCCAAGGAAAUGGAAAGCAAUCCAAUUUUAUCCAAGGAAAGGUAGUUCCAUUUUAUUGGAUCAAGAGUCCUUCACCAGCAUCAAGAGAUCUUUUCAUGAAAGGUAAAGAUUUCAAGAGCUGUCUGAACCUUGUAAUUUUUUAAGUAUGGGUGCAAGUGAAAAUAUGACUGUUUUUACAGGUGUUAAUUGCAGGUAGCAAGUAGUUAGACACAAUGUUGCAUAACCAGUUCAGGUUAACCAUUUUUAAUUACUUGGACAGCUUAAGAAAGUAUUUGUAAAUGGAACAUCAAAACUGUAUUGUAAUGAACUGAAUAGUGAUUUAUGAGAGAAAUAAAAAAAGUUAAUGAAAUCUUUCCUGCUAUGAAAUAUGUAUCAAGCCAGUUAAAUUACACCAUGUGCAGUAGGCAUAAAAAAAAAAACUGAAGAGAACAAACAUAUACAAGCCAGUAAAAAAUGUCUUACUGAUACACGCUUUUCAACAAAGUCAUUAGCAAAUAUUUUGUUUUAUGGUUUGAUUGGCAUUUUUUCCCACUAUACAGAGUUUAUCAAUUUCUCAUAAACUGAAGUGAUCCUACACUCAAAGUUAUCAAGUAGUCCUUCAGUUUGCAUAUCCCAAAUCCAGAGUCAGUAACAAGAAUUAAAUUAAAAUUACAGUACCUGCUUAGGGGCCAAUCAAGUCUUAAUGUUUUCAAAAUCAAUCUUCAACCAAAUGUAUUGCUCUCACCCAGUUUGCUUAACCAGUCAAAAUGCAUGCCUGUUCAACAUUCUGUAGUGUAUGCUGGUUGUACUAUAAACCUAAAAAUAC